UCGCGCCAUCUCUGGAGGUGUAGACGCACUUAACUACAUUCGGCCAUAGAACGAUUAGUCAGCUGAUGUCGUUUGAUGCAUGUGCAUAACAAAUUGUUGGUGUACGACCAGAAGUCUCGGCUGUUUUUUUCAUUUUUUUCAUUUCCAGACGCUUCUAAGAACUUUCUAAGUGGAGCGUGAUAUGUAAGACUAUUGCCAGUCUUGCGUUGUGGGCUUCCUUUUCGCCUCUGUGACUCACGGUACUGGUACACUUACUACUUAAUCUGUGGCGUUUUCCAUUUGAUGACGCACUAGUUAUAACAUAAUAUUUGGAUACUCGCCUGUGGACCCAUAUACGACAUCUUGUCAUUUCAACAAAAGAGGCAACGCAAUGGAUGUAGGAUAUAAACAGGGGCCACCGCCUGCGUACCAGGAACCCCGACCAGUAUAUCAAGAAGCUCCUCCACCGUACCAGCCGACUGCGCCUCCUCCAGCAGGAUUUGCACCACCACCACCACAACCUGCUGUUCCACGCAUCGUUGUGCUGAGCCAGUGGGGACCCUAUCCAGUGCAGGCGACUUGUCCUAACUGCGGUGCUACAGUACUUACCUCGACAUCAUCGACCCCGGGCCUGCUUACAUGGUUACUGUCUGGAGCACUCGUCCUCCUCGGGUGCUGGUUUGGUUGCUGCCUAGUGCCUUGCUGUGUUGCAGAAUGCCAGGACGUUGAACAUCAUUGCCCCAGCUGCAAGCGACACUUGGCCACUUUUCGACGUCUGUGACAUCUCUACGUUCCGCCGCUGUCCAAUAAAGAUUUUUCCUCCGGCAUCUUGCCACCAGCUAGGAAUAUAACUUCCUCUGCAAAAGCCAGGGAUUUCAUUGAUAAGGGAACGGACUCUCAUGGAAUAACCACUAGACUAUAUGUACCAUGAGAAAACUGAGUUUUGUAAUACAGUUUUACACUCAAAAUCAUGCAUUGUAGCAGUGUGUUGUGCGAGGGUAAAUAAAGGGUACUUGUUUGUA